UGCUCGUUUACUCAAGUACCCACCACCCGCAAUAUAGAGCACAACGUGGUUUUUCAGAAAUAAGGGAAAAGGUCAACUAUGAGUUUUAGAGGCCGAGGAGGAGGUGGCAGAGGUGGAUUCAGAGGGGGAAGAGGUGGUGGUAGCAGAGGAGGUGGUAGAGGUGGUUAUCAACAAGACUAUGGACCACCAGAACAUGUUGUAGAACUUGGCCAGUAUAUGCAGCCAUGUGAAGAUGAUAUAGUUUGCAAGUGUACCAAUGAAAAAAUUCCAUAUUUCAAUGCACCAGUAUAUUUAGAAAAUAAACAGCAAAUCGGAAAAGUGGAUGAAAUAUUUGGACCAAUCCGUGACUUUUUUUUCUCCGUGAAACUGUCUGAUGACAUGAAGGCAAAGUCAUUUAACACAGAUCAGAAAUUUUACAUAGACCCAUACAAAUUACUCCCACUAGAAAGGUUCCUACCCCAACCUAAAGGUGCUGGAGGAAGAGGCAGGGGUAGAGGUGGGAGAGGAGGAGGAAGAGGGGGUGGAAGAGGAGGUGGCAGAGGAGGGAGAGGUGGCUUUGAUCGAGGUGGGCGAGGAGGUGGAUUUCGUGGAGGCAGGGGAGGAGCACGAGGAGGAUUUGGUAGAGGAGGAGGAGGGGGUGGAUUUAGAGGAAGGGGAGGAGGUGGAUUCAGAGGAAGGGGUGGAUAUUGAAAGGACAAGGUGCCCCAUUUUAAAGAUGUGGACCUUUUUUAGGUAUCAACAGCAAGAGAUACAUUUCCAUACUGCCAUGGAUAAUCCUCUCGACUUAUUUUAUGAAAUGACAACAAACCUCUGAAGUAGUUGAUGAAGUACACCAUUCUGUGCAGAUAGUGGUGUGCAAAUGGAAGUGUAAGAUAUGAAAGUGAUACAAAUGGUCUUACUUUAGGAAACAAUUGCUGCUGUUAGAUGGAAAGAGUGAAUAUGCAAGGAAUAGAGAAAAAUAAUGAAGGGAAUCAUAGAGAAUAACCUGUGGUCUCUUUAACAUUGCUCCUCAGUUUUAAUAAUAGUAAUGUUGUAAUAUCAGAUUUCCAGCAAUAGAUGGAAGAAUCUUGUAUUUUUGUAUGAAAUAUCAUUUUACUGUAACUUGUACAAAUGAAAGUAAAAAGUAUCAAUG